AUGGCCGUCAACGAAGUCGACAAGUAUCUGUGGCUGGCAUACUGCAAGGCUGUGCAGAAUGCUGUCGGUGGUCUGCCUGGACAUAAGCCUGCUUUGUUCUUCACAAAGCAUGCGCAAAAGGCACCAGUCGCGUCACAAGAUAUCGACCCGGCCUAUACGAACUACGGAAUCAACAACAUCAUCAACAAUUUCUUACAAACUAAUGAUCUCUUCUAUGAUCCGGCUCAUCACAAAACCUAUACUCAGUGUUUGCUCGAAUAUCUGAUGACUGUCAAGAUUGGUGAGGGUGAUCAAGUCCGGGUAACGAUGAUAGGCCGAACCCUGGCAAGUGCACUUGACCAGGCCUUGCGCGAGAGGGAUCGUGCCCUGGAGACCUUUGAAAAAGAAGAAGGCUACGGCCUCACGGGCGAGCAAGACUUUUCUCAAUGGUGGCCAUCGCAUGCUCCCGCAUACUCGGCAGCCAAGCAAAAGGUUGAGGCCGCAGCCGCAGACUAUCAGGCCACCCUCCUCAGCAUAGGUGGACCAACUGCCAGUUCGCUAGCCAGAGAUUUCAAUCGAAUCGUCAAGGCCCUGAUCGGCGGGCAGUCAGUCCCAGGCAUCACGAUGCCUGCUUGUCACGCCUCAGCUGACAUCACCCGUGAACUUCUUGAGAGAGACAGAACACCGCACGCCAUCACAUAUGUCCCUGAAUGGAUGUCUCUUCAGUACACUGCCCAAGUUGAACACUGGAUGAACGGCGUUGGCGAUGGUGACUCUUCUACUCAGAUUAACGUUGCUGAUGGUAGAGAGGUCAACGAAUCCGACUUUGGCCAUGCAUCCACAGACGCAUUCUCCUAUGGACCGUGGUUGUCUUUCUCUACCGGCAAAGGAAGUACCAACGAGAAGGGUGUGUCUUUCGGUUCUAUGGACACCGAUACUAACCUCGACGUGCAAUUCUCGUAUGAUGAAAUUCAAACCAUUUGUGUUCCGGCUGGUGAUUGGAACGUUCCUAGCCCGGGACGACGCUAUCAGUUGUCAGACACCGCCUCUGAAGAGUCCCGCAACCUUGCCUUCCCAGACUAUCUCGUCGUCGUGAGGAACCUCGGCUUCAAGGUCUACAUCCGAGAUUACAAGGUUGCGGGACAGAUCGACAACUUGUUUGAGGAAGCCAAGUCUUCUGGUGGUUCUGUCAGAGUUUUCGGUAUUCCUGCUACGCCGGAUGGCAGCCCGGAUAAGGCUACUGAGGAGAAUGCCCAUAUUGCUGAGUGGGAUCUCGGCGCUGGCAUGCUUUCAAUCAGGCCGACUACUGAUGCCGGGUUUGCUUCUGUUGUGGCUCUUGUUGGUGAGCUGAACAUCAGUUGA